UGUGAGUGUGUGUGAGUGAGUGUGCGCCGUGGAGUCUCCACCCCGAUGGAGCGGGCAAAUCUCGCGAGAACGCCUCCUCUCGCGAUGCCGCCCAGCAUCCUGCCCCGCUGCAGAGCGCGUAUAAAGCGGCGAGGCUCGCGGGCACCAGAGGAGGAGUUGCGGCAAGGUCGCGCAGCAUCACGGCGUAAACUAGCCACGGAGAGCUCGCUUCACGGCGGGUAUUUCCUCGAGGAGGUGUUGACUGGACGUGCCGCCGAUCUCCACUGCGUCCGCGUGUGCGCUGUUUUAGUCUUCCGCAGCAUCAGUCACAUCUAUCGGCUCCUUUGCACUUCUGUCGGACACUAUCAGCUUUUCUGACUCGUCAUGUCGGGGUCCCCCCCCGCCGCCGCGAGCGACCAUCUCUCCGCGCCCGGGUCCGAGCCCGGGUCCGCCGAUCCCACGCCGAGCCAGAGCCGCUUCCAGGUGGACCUGGUGUCCGAGUGCGCUGGAGACGGCCGAACAGCGGUGGCCUCCGACUCCUCGCCGCCCGAGUACCCCGCCGAGCCGCUCCGGGACUCCGCGUCCGGCGGAGAGGAAGCCAAGGGCCGGUUUCGCGUCGUGAACUUCGCGGCCUCGAGUCCGGACGCGGCGCCGGCGGACUGCGCGCAGAACGGGGACACGGUGAUGAGCGAGGGCAGCCUGCACUCGUCCAGCGGCGGCCAGCAGCACCAUCACUACGACACCCACACCAACACCUACUACCUCCGCACCUUCGGACACAACACCAUCGACGCCGUGCCCAACAUCGACUUCUACCGGCAGACCGCCGCGCCGCUGGGCGAGAAGCUCAUCAGACCCACGCUCUCGGAGCUGCACGACGAGCUGGACAAGGAGCCGUUCGAGGAUGGCUUUGCUAACGGCGAGGAGCUGACCCCUGCAGAGGAGGCCGCAGCUAAAGAAGCCUCCGAGUCUAAAGGAGUGGUGAAGUUCGGCUGGAUCAAAGGAGUGCUGGUGCGCUGCAUGUUAAACAUAUGGGGCGUGAUGCUCUUCAUUCGAAUGACCUGGAUCGUGGGCCAGGCUGGAAUUGCGUAUUCCUGCAUCAUUGUUAUUAUGGCAACUGUUGUGACUACCAUCACGGGCUGCUCGACCUCAGCGAUCGCCACCAAUGGCUUUGUACGAGGAGGUGGAGCAUAUUACUUAAUAUCUCGAAGUUUGGGCCCAGAGUUCGGCGGCUCCAUUGGUCUGAUUUUUGCCUUUGCCAACGCUGUGGCCGUGGCCAUGUACGUCGUGGGCUUCGCAGAAACUGUAGUUGAGCUGCUCAUGAAUUCCGAUGCGCUCAUGCUCGAUGAGAUUAAUGAUGUCAGGAUCAUUGGGACCAUUACGGUCAUCCUGCUUCUCGGCAUCUCAGUGGCUGGAAUGGAGUGGGAGGCCAAGGCUCAAAUAUUCCUCUUGGUCAUUUUGAUCACUGCCAUCUUCAACUAUUUCAUUGGGGCCUUCAUUCCUGUUGAGUCCAAGGAGAAAUUUGGCUUCUUCGGCUAUGAUGGUAAAAAUGCAGGUUUGUUUGUCCCUCAAUACCAAAGCUCUAGAAGACCAGCAGGAUGGAGGCCGAGCUUCAAGUACUACAACAUGUGGGUGUCUCUGGCCGGGGCCAUCCUGUGUUGUGUGGUCAUGUUCAUCAUCAACUGGUGGGCGGCCCUCCUGACCAACGUCAUCGUCUUGUCCCUCUACAUCUACGUCAGCUACAAGAAACCAGAUGUGAACUGGGGUUCGUCCACUCAAGCGCUGACUUAUCAUCAGGCCCUGACACACAGUCUGCAGCUUUGUGGAGUAGCCGACCACAUCAAAACCUACAGGCCACAGUGUCUGGUGAUGACUGGAGCUCCAAACUCACGUCCAGCUCUUCAUCAUCUGGUCCAUGCCUUCACCAAGAACGUGGGUCUGAUGGUGUGUGGCCAUGUGCGCAUCAGCUCCCGGCGGCCCAACUUCAAAGAGAUAUACAGCGAUAUGCUGCGCUACCAAAGGUGGCUCCUCAACAACAACUCCAAGGCAUUUUACACGCCUGUGGUGGCUGAAGACCUUCGUCAAGGAACCCAGUACCUGCUGCAGGCUGCUGGUCUGGGUAGAUUGAGGCCCAACACUCUGGUGCUCGGCUUCAAGAACGACUGGCGUAUUGGAGAUAUAAAGGACGUUGAGACCUACAUAAACCUAAUGCAUGAUGCGUUUGAUUUUCAGUACGGUGUCGUCAUUCUCAGACUGCGAGAGGGACUCGAUAUUUCUCACAUUCAAGGCCAAGAUGAUUCUUCAGCUGUGAAGGAUGUGGUGGUUUCAGUGGACAUGAGCAAAGACUCGGAUGGAGACUCGUCCAAACCCUCCUCCAAGGCCACCAGUGUCCAGAACAGCCCGGCUGUCCAGAAAGAUGAGGAUGAGGAUGGCAAAGCCCACACUCAGCCGCUGUUGAAGAAAGAUAAGAGGAGCCCGACGUUCCCCCUGAAUGUGGCCGAUCAGCGGCUGUUGGAUGCCAGUCAGCAGUUCCAGCAGAAGCAGGGGAAGGGCACCAUCGACGUGUGGUGGCUCUUUGAUGACGGAGGUCUGACUCUACUGAUCCCCUAUCUGAUUGCCAACAAGAAGAAAUGGAAGGACUGUAAGAUCCGCGUCUUCAUCGGUGGAAAAAUCAACAGGAUCGACCAUGACCGCAGAGCCAUGGCCACAUUGCUCAGCAAGUUCAGGAUCGAUUUCUCUGACAUCACGGUCCUGGGCGACAUCAACACAAAACCCAAGUCAGAGGGUUUGACCGAGUUUGCUCAGAUGAUCGAGCCAUAUAAGCUGAGAGAAGAUGACAUGGAGCAGGAAGCUGCUGAGAAGCUGAAGAGCGAAGAGCCCUGGAGAAUCACAGACAAUGAGCUGGAGCUCUACAAAGCCAAGAGUAACCGUCAGAUCCGACUGAACGAGCUGUUGAAGGAGCACUCGUGCACAGCCAACCUCAUCGUCAUGAGCAUGCCGCUGGCCAGGAAAGGAGCCGUCUCCAGCGCUCUUUACAUGGCCUGGCUGGACACACUAUCCAAAGACCUGCCACCCAUCCUCUUGGUGCGUGGGAACCAUCAGAGCGUCCUCACCUUCUACUCGUAGAGCGCUCUCAGACGCAUCUGCCCACUCAAGCACAGCACCUCUGACUGAUGAUGAUGAUGAUGAUGAUGCUGAUAGACGUUUCUCGACAGAGCUGAAACAAACGGACUCCUUCCAUGCCGCAGCUCAACAGCGAAGAUCAACGCUUGACGGUUUAUAUUGUCUUGAGCUCACAGGUUUCCGAGCACACCUUGUUACACUGAUUGUUGUUAUCACUGUUAUCGUUAUUAUGACUCACAACUUUUUGAGUUGUGGAUUUUGUUUUCUUCCUCUUUUUAACUUGCUCUUGAUGAAGCAAUAAUCACCUCAUUUCUUAUUUUCUCACUUUGAAGAAAACACGAUUCUUUGCUACACUUUAUAGCCUUGUGGAUGUGCCUUCCUGUGCAAUCAGAUAAAAUUCUUCAAACUUUUCCCUGACUGGUGAUUUAUAACGGAAUAGAUGUAGGCUGCUUGUUUUUAUUGGGUUUUAAAUGUAAAUCUUCCUGGAUUUGAUCAAGUUUUAACUGAGGUUUCCACUGCGCCGCGUUUUCACUUUUUUUGUAGACAGAUUUUUUGGUUGCUUGCUUCUUCAGAGUUUGAAGCAUUGAAUGAGUUGUGGAGUUUUAGCACAGCGCCCCUCCAUGUUCUUGUUACAACGAUCGACCUGAACUACAGGGUGAUUACAAUCAUCUUUCAAGUAGUCUAAUGUAAAAAAGUCCGAAUUCUACCAGAACUAUAUUAGUUUUCCCUAGUGUGCAGUUGAAUGGUUUUUGGUGUGAUGAAGAGAGGCUGAUGAGUGCCGUCUGUCUGAAGAGAACAGAGCCGUCAGAUCCUUUCAAACUAACA